AUGAAGUUCACCCUCGCUCUCGUUGCCGCCGGCCUCGUCGCCGCCCAGGACUUCUCUGGCCAGCCUUCGUGCGCCAUCCCCUGCUUGACUGAGGCCAUCCCCAAGGUUGGCUGCUCCCUGACCGACACUGCCUGCCAGUGCACCGAGGAGAAGCAGCAGGCCCUCGUCCCCGUCGCCGCCUCCUGCCUGCUCGCCGCCUGCAACUCGGCCGACCUCACCAAGGCACAGUCCGCCGCCGCCGCCGCCUGCGCCGCCUACAAGGCCACCGCUUCUGCCACCGGUGCCGCCUCUGCUUCCGCCGCCGUCUCCUCGGCCGCUGCCUCCGUUUCCUCGGCCGCUGCUUCCGUUUCUUCGGCCGCUGCUUCCGUCUCUAACGCCGUCACCUCUGCUCUCGCCUCCGCCAGCGGCGUUGUGUCCUCCGCCGCCGCCUCGGCUUCCGCCGCCGUCUCCUCCGCCCACAACGCCACCGUCUCCGUCAGCGGCGCCUCUCUCACUGCCUCGCGCACUGCCUCCACCGUCAACCCCUCCGGCACUGGAUCCGGCGCCAGCGCCAGCUCCACGACCGCUGGCAACGCCGCUGCCCAGGGCACCGCUGCCGUUGGCGGCCUGGCUCUUGCUGCCAUUGCCGGUCUCGUUGCUGCUCUGUAA